UAUGAGAAUACAAUUGAUUUUAUAUUAAAUGGAUUCAGGAUUGGAUUGGAAAAUUAGGAAAUAUUACUUUAGAUAGUUUAGAAUUAUUAAAUUGAGUAUUCUAGAACAUUUAUUUAAGGAAAUAAAUCCUAAAAUUAAAUACAUAUAAAUAAAUUUAUUCCGAAUGUCAUUCUAUCCAGGAUUCUUCCCAUAAUACUCAUAACCACUUGCAGCAUCCUUUGCAGCACCUGUUGCUUAUCCUUAAGCAUCAAUUGUUAGACCUGUUGCAACAACCCCAAUUUAUACUUCUCCAGCACCUAUUUAUACAGCUCCUGCUCCAGUUGUCACUCAAUCAGUUGUCUAACCAGUGGUUUAAUCAGUUGUUCAACCAGUUGUUGCUGCUUAACCAGCAAUCAAAGGAGAAUCCAGAGUUGAAUAUAGAGAGUAUUAAAGACCAGUUGUUGAAUAUGAGACUGAGACUAUUGAGGUUAAAAAGCCAGUCACCAAAUAUGUUACAGAUUAUUACCCUGUAGAAUAUUAAACAGACUACAUUCCAAGAACAGUUUAUGAAACAUAAACAGAAUAUGUACCUGUUUAAAAAACAGUUCCAAGAGUUGAAUAUGAAGCAGUGGAGAGAGAAGUCUAAAGAGUUGUAAGAAGUAUUAGUGAAAUAUUUAGCCUGCUGCCCCUGUUUAAUAUGCUCCUGCUCCUUUGACAUAUUCAGUUGUUUAACCAGUCCAAUAAGUUGUCACCCAACCUGUAGCAUCCUAUGCGACUCCCUUAACAUAUUCUACAGUAAGACCAGCUUAUUAUGGUGGAUAUCCAUAUUAUUAUUGAUUGGAAAGAGUCUUAUAUAAAAUCCAAAUUAUAAAUAAAUUUUUCU